AUGGCAACGGAUGCCACAGUCGACGACAGCCGACGUGGCGACAUGAGAUUCUACGAGGACGGGGAUUUCAUCGUCGGCGGUCUCAUACCGAUCACAUACAAAACAGUUGUCGGCGGUCGGUCGGUGCCGUGCGGCGGCAUUGCACUGUCGUCAGCGCUGCAGGUAGAAGCGUUCCGAUACGCAAUCGAACGUAUCAAUAACGACAGUUCGAUCCUACCAGAGCACACGCUUGGCUGGGACAUCCGGGACACGUGCAGUAGUCUGACGGUGGCUGCGGCGCAUGCGAUGAACGUUGCCCAUAUUUGGCAUUCGGCCGCCGGACGCGGAUGCAGCGCCACGCGUCCGGAUGUCCCGGAUUCCGGAUUCCAGAAUGUUCCGGAUUCCGGAUACUCGGCGUGCGCGCCGAGGCCGGUUUCGGCCGUCGUCGGACCGAAGACGAGCGAUCAGAGUCUCGCAGUGGCGUCGAUAUUCGCGCCGUAUGAGAUAGCGAUGGUGUCGUACGGGGCAGAGACAAAGGUCCUGAGCGAAUACCCGCUAGCAUUCCGCACUGUCACAUCUCAUGUAAUGCAAGCGCAUGCCAUCAUGGAUCUAAUGAAGAGAUUUGAAUGGAAGUAUAUUGCUGCUAUUGCCAUGGAUGACAUGUACGGUCGUGAAGGUAUUCAGGAAGCUAGAAGAGUUUUGGCUGCUAUGGGAUCAGUUAUGCCUGGCGAUGGAGGAAUACUACAAAGCCAGGAGAGAUCCUGGCUCACAGAUGACGAGAAAGCUGAUCAGUCACAGUAA